AUGGCCCAGGUCAUUCUCGUCGGCAUCACAUGCUUUGCAACCGUUGGGAUGUUCAGCGCAGUGUCUAACUUGGGUGCCGGAGGUCUCAGUGACGUCGCGCUCUCCGACACCGCUAAUGGUGUCCUUUAUGGCUGCUUUGCCGUCGUUGGCCUCGUGUCCGGCGGCAUCUGCAACUUGAUUGGUCCGCGGCUGACGCUCUUCAUCGGUACCCUCGGCUACGCCCUCUACGUCGGUUCUCUCUGGUGCUACCAGACUCAAGGUACGGGAUGGUUCGUCAUCCUCGCUGGAGCACUGCUCGGGAUUUCUGCCGCGCUCCUCUGGUCUGCGCAGGGUUGUAUCAUGAUGUCCUACCCCAUGGAGAAGGACAAGGGCAAGGCAUUCGGCGUUUUCUGGGCCAUUUACCAGCUCGGCUCGUUGAUUGGCUCACUUGUCGCUCUCGCCAUAAAUAUUCGCCAAGGCGGUCUCUCAACUGUCUCCACCUCCACGUAUAUCGCAUUUUUGGUGAUCAUCUUUGUCGGAGUCGCAUCCUCGUUUUCGAUUCUCCCACCCAACAAAGUCAUCCGCGCCGAUGACACAAUCGUCAGGCUCAAUACCGCCUCCAAACUGAGUGUGGAAUUUGUCGGCCUUCUCCGGCUCUUCAAGGACUGGCGUAUGGUUGCACUCGCGCCGAUGUGCUUCGCAUCGAACUACUUCUAUGCCUACUUGGGUGCGGUCAACGCCGCACGUUUUGAUGGCCCCACGCGUGCCCUCAACGCGACGCUCGAGGGCGCAGGCUCAAUCAUCGGUGCUCUGUUCAUGGGCUAUGUCGUGCUCGAUAUCAAGGGUUUGCAACGCCGCACACGUGGCUACCUCGGUCUCGCCGUUGCAACCGCGGCAACUAUCAUCGUGUGGUCCUCUGGACUUGCGUGGCAGGUCACAUUCGACCGCUGGGAUGUUGACCACAAGGGCAAUCCAAAUGCUCUUCCACCCAUCAGUUACAAGGACUCGGAUUAUAGGGGCAAGGGCGCGCUCUACUUCUUCUACUUCUUCUCGGGAGCAUGCUACCUUGGACUGCCAUACUGGAUCAUGUCCGCACUCACCAACGACCCCUUCACACUUGCGCGCUACGCAGGCCUCUAUAAGGCGCUCCAGUCUGCGGGUGCGGCAGGCUCGUUCGGCAUGGACGCCGUUGCCACCCCAUUCCUGAACGAGCACCUCGCGUCAUGGACUAUGCUCCUCUUCUCAUUCCCCUUAGCAUAUCUCGUGCUCCGUACCGUCAAGGAGACUAACUACGACGUCGAGAAAAUGGUGUAUGUCGACGAUGUCAAGCGGGACGCUGCUGAGCAAGGGACUGUGGUUAUGACGAAGUCGAGCUCGGUCAAGAAGAAUGACGUCGAGAUUGUUGAAUGA